AACCAAGUUAAGACGUACCCUACCUAUCAGACAUCAAUAUUCAGAAACAAAAACAAACUGUGAUAAUGUUAUUUAAAAUAAAAAAUAAACUAGAUUUAUUUCAAAUCAAUGUUAGUACCACAAUAUUAAUUUACUUAAAAACUGUGUUCGUUCGUGUGUUAGUGUAAAUAAACUCAAAAAAGUAUAAUAUUAAUUUAAAUGGUUGCCAGUGGACGAUAAUAAUUAAUUUUAAUAAUGUUAAGUAUACAUAAUAAGUUAUGUUUACUAUAAAAUAAGUGAUACAAAAAUGAGGAAUAUUUAAAGUGUUGUUUUUCAAUAGUAAUGGAUACAUAAAUUCAUAAUAUUAAAAUGAGUGCUACAGAAGUUGCAAGUGUCAAGAAUGUGGAUUUGGACGAGGUAUUGGAUAAGUAUGGUAUUUUCAAGCGAUACCAUGUGGAAAAGAUUGUUCUGGUGUUCCUUGCAUUCGCUACCAAUACUAUGUACAGUACGAAUUACAUAUUUUCCGCCAAGGAAGUGCCUUACAGAUGCAAAGACGACAUGCAGGACGUCUCAUUCUGCAGCGCGUCCAACGCCACGUAUUACUGUUCGGGAUGGGUGUAUGACGAGCCUAACAGUUUUGUAGCUUAUUUUGCAUUGGCCUGCCACGAAUGGAAGAGAACCCUGGUCGGAUCGGUGAACAAUUUUGGAUACAUGUGUGGCUUGUUGCUCGUGGGACCCAUGUCCGACCGGUUAGGAAGAAAGACAGCGAUCGUAAUAACAGGAGUUUCUGGAGCUUUCCUUGGGACGUUGAAGAGUUUCUCCAGAUGGUACUGGUUCUACAUUGCGAUAGAGUUCCUGGAGGCUGCCAUAGGAGAUAUUUGUUCGCCGAUGUAUGUAUGGACUCUAGAAAUAGUAUCCACUAAGAAUAAGUUAGUAUACUACAUGAUAUGCAGUUUUGGCUUUACUUUCGGAGGAGUUACUACGGCUUUUAUAGCUUGGCUGAUACCUGAUUGGAGAUGGUUCCUUAGGACUAUUUACACACCAGCAUUUUUAUUCUUAUUUUAUAAAUGUCUGCUAGAUGAGAGUCCAAGGUGGUUGCUAACUAAAGGAAGAAAAGAUGAAGCUGUAAAAAUAUUUCAAAAUGCAGCAAAGAAGAACAAGAUUACUAUUGACAAGAACUCUUUAGACAACUUAACAUGUGAAGUGAGAGAAAACGUGAAGUUUUCAGUAUUGUUGAAAGAUACUUUCAAGUCGAAAACGCUGAGGAAACGAUUCUUUGUGUGCCUGAUUUGGUGGACGACGUCUACGUUUGUGAACUAUGGGCUGAUGAUCAAUUCGGUAUCCUUGCAAGGGAACAAGUAUGUGAACUUUGCGUUGACGAUUUUGGUUGACAUACCAGGAACCAUAGUGACUACUUACAUAAUGGUUCAUUUUAAGAGGAAAUUUCCUUUGAUGCUUUCAUUUUUUGCUGGCGCUGUUUUGUGCAUGUCACAACCAUUAUUACCGUUGAAUUUGCCAUGGCUCUCUUUGACGGUAUAUAUGGCGGGGAAGCUGAUGUGCUCGUUCUACUUCUCCAUCACGUACCUAUACACCUUGGAGCUGUUCCCGACGUAUACCAGGAACUCGAUGCACGCGCUGUGCUCCUCACUCGGCCGCGUCGGAUCCAUCGUCGCACCACAGACACCUUUACUGACGGUGUAUUGGGCGGGUCUGCCGUCCUUCGUGUUCGGCGUGGCGGCGCUGGUGGCGGGGCUAUCCACGUUCCUCGUGCCCGACAUCGCCGACGACGCGCUGCCCGACACCGUGCUGCAGGCCGAGGCGCUGGGGAAACCGAAGAUACCCUCCAAGCCAGUCGGGACUUAUAAUGAGGGGUUUGAUACCCAAAUGUGAAUAAAUCCAUGCUGUCUUAGACUAAAAAUAGGUAUUAAUUACUUAAAGGUGAUUGUGAUAGGACAGGCAAUAAUGUUGUUUAUUUAUCUGAGGGUAGUUGAGCCCUUACACAUGGUCGACUAGUCGCCCGGCGACUUAGUCGCGCGCGACUGUUAAAAUCGUCUGAUAGUAAGUACCUACUAAGUAGCCGUCCGAUAGUCUGAUCCUAUCCAAAAUCCGUGGUUACCUACUUCAUUUCGUUCAGGUGAGGCCCCGUUACCACAACGCGGCGUCCCAUUCACAUCACGUUGGGACCAAAGAUUGAAACUAAGCCGAAUUGAAUUAGGACCGACAACAGACCGACAC